UAGGGAAGAAUGGCCCCAGGGAAUGUCUCUUCAGUGACUGAGUUUAUCCUGCUGGGUUUAACACAACAGCCGGAACUCCAGCUGCCUCUCUUUUACAUUUUCUUGGGAACCUAUGUGGUCACUAUGGUGGGGAACGUCGGCUUGGUUAUUCUGAUUGGUCUGAACCCUCACCUGCACACUCCCAUGUACUACUUUCUCUUCAACCUUUCCUUCGUUGAUCUCUGCUACUCCUCUGUCAUCACCCCUAAAAUGCUGAUGACUUUUGUAAACCGGAACAUCAUCUCUCAUGCAGAGUGCAUGGCUCAGCUCUAUUUCUUCUCCUUCUUUGUUAUUGAUGAGUGCUUUAUUUUGACAUCAAUGGCCUAUGACCGAUAUGUGGCCAUCUGUAAGCCCCUUCUGUACAAGGUGUCCAUGUCCCAUCAGGUCUGCCUCAUGCUGACAGUGGGUGCAUAUGUGAUGGGGCUGGUGGGUGCUGUGGCCCACACUGGGUGCAUGCUGAGACUCAGCUUCUGUGAUGGCAACAUCAUCAACCAUUAUAUGUGUGACAUACCUCCUCUCCUCCAGCUUUCCUGCACAAGCACCUACAUCAAUGAGCUGGUGGUUUUCAUUGUAGUGGGCAUCAGUCUCAUAGUGCCCAGUCUCACCAUCUCCAUUUCUUAUGCCUUGAUCCUCUCCAGUGUCCUCCGCAUUCGCUCUACAGAGGGCAGGUCCAAAGCCUUCAGUACCUGCAGCUCCCACAUAACUGUGGUUUCUCUUUUCUUUGGGUCAUCAGCAUUCAUGUACCUUAAGCCUUUUCCUGCUGGGUCUUUGGAUGAAGAGAAAGUUUCCACAGUUUUUUACACCAUUGUGGGGCCAAUGAUGAAUCCUUUUAUCUACAGUUUGAGGAACAAAGAUGUCCAAAUGGCACUGAGUAAGACUUUGAGGAAAAGAGUGAUCUCCUAA